UGGAAGUUGAAGAUCGGUCCUCUCAUUUUCGCGAAAUCGGUCUGUCCUCUGGAAAGUAGACAUUGAGAUUGUCCUGAAUCUGCUGGAGAACACGCCAUGAAAUUAUCGGAGGAUAAAAAUGUCGUUAUUGAAAUGGCAGAUGGAAGAUCCACUAAAUCUGACAGUCAACAGAUCGGUCAAAAUAUGGGUGUUUUGUAAACGCAUGGAAAGUAGAGCAAGCUUGAUGAGUCAGAGAAACGAGAAAAAGAAGUCUGUAAAUCGAGAAGAACGUUGCACCAUUUGCGAAUGGCAAUGAUUUCGUCCGCAUCUUCGUCCCAUUUUUCCUGUGCCAUAGAAUUCCAGAUCCAGGGCUCCGUGCUUAAUCUCGACGAAGAAAAAAUCCGAACAUUUCCCCAUUUUUGAGUUACAUUCCCCUUUUUGCGCCAAAUCGUAUGAAGACAAGAGGAAGAUUCCACUCUUGAGUAGUCUCUAUCGUUUUUCUAGUUUUGACAAAUAGCACCCAAGAACAGCAUCAUCGUAAAAACUUUUUCGUACGCCACACGGCUGGCAUUUUUCGCGCGCAUUGAUUUCGUACAACCUCAACAUCUAGUAU